UUAAUAAUCCACACUUAGUCUUCAUCAUCGAUCACCAACGUACGGUAAACUGAUCCAACAAUGUUGAAGCAAUCAGUUCUUCAACCGUCCCUCCUCUUCUUCCCGCGCCACCCCUCCCUCCCCGGCGCCGGAGCCUCCGGCGUCGUAGCCUUCAGCCAACAACGACAGUGGCGGCGGCAACGCCGCCAGAAUAACGGAAACAAGGUACGCUGCGCCGCCGGGGCCAACGAGUCCGCUUCAUCGUUGUCGGGGCAGCCAACCUUCGUGGUCGAGUCGAGGCGGCCGGCGACGGUGAAGGCCGCGAUCACCGUCCUACUGACGGUCGGGGGAGAGUUUGCGCAUAUUGACCCCACGCGGGGUCUCGAUGAUAUUAACGAUUUGCUCGGGCGGACUCUGCAUCUCGAGCUCGUCAGCUCUGACCUUGACAGUGAAACAGGAUUGGAGAAGAAGACUGUGGCGGCGUUCGCCCACAAGGCCAAGAAAGGAAUCGGUAGAAUCACAUACGAAGCAACUUUUAGCGUUCCAGAAAAUUUUGGAGAGAUCGGAGCGGUCGUCGUCCGGAAUGAGCACCACAAGGAGCUGUUUCUCAAAGACAUCGUUCUCACGAUCGACGGCGAUGAUUCCGCUCCUCUUCUGUUCGAUUGCAAGUCGUGGUCGCACUCCAAGUUCGACGACAGCCAAGACAGAGUCUUCUUCACCAGCAACAAGUCUUACUUGCCGUCGGAGACGCCGGCGGGGCUGGUGCGCCUGCGGCAACGAGAGCUGGAGAUUCUGCGCGGAGACGGCACCGGCGAGCGGAAGAAGUUCGAGAGAAUCUACGACUACGACGUCUACAAUGACCUGGGAAACCCGGACAGCAAACCUGGGCUGGCUCGGCCCGUCCUCGGUGGCUCCGACGAGUUCCCCUACCCGCGCCGGUGCCGCACCGGCCGGCCGCGAGCUCGCUCAGAUCGUAAAUCGGAGCAGAGGAGCGCGACCGUGUACGUGCCGAGGGACGAGAACUUCUCCGAGGUGAAGCAGGUGACGUUCGGGGCGAAGACGGUGCGGUCGGUGAUACACGGCCUGCUGCCGUCGGUUUCGACGGCGCUGGUGGACUCGCGGAUGGGCUUCCCUUACUUCACCGCCAUCGACGCGCUCUUCAACGAGGGCUUGCCACUGCCACCCAAAGAUUCCACGCACCCCUUCCGCACCAUCGUUCCCCGGCUCGUGAAGGCGAUCGUCGGCGGCGCGCAGAAUAUCCUCCAGUUCGAACUGCCUGAAAUGAUCGACAGGGAUAAGUUUUCCUGGUUCAGAGAUGAAGAAUUUUCCCGGCAGACGUUGGCAGGCCUCAAUCCUCUCAGCAUUCAACUAGUGACAGAAUUUCCAUUGGUAAGCAAGCUCGAUCCAAGCAUUUACGGUCCGCCGGAGUCGCUGAUCACGGCGGAGCUCAUUGAGAAAGAAAUUAAAGGAAUCAUGACCGUCGACGAGGCGUUGGAGCAGAAGAAGCUCUUCAUUUUGGACUACCAUGAUCUGCUGCUUCCGUUCGUGCACAAGGUCCGAGAGCUGGAGGACUCGACGCUCUAUGCCUCCCGGACUCUGUUCUUCCUCACGCCGGAGAGCACCCUGCGUCCGAUCGCCAUCGAGCUCACGCGGCCGGCUUCUCCGAAGCAGCCGCAGUGGAGGCAAGUGUUCGAGCCCAGCUGGAACGCCACCGACGCCUGGCUCUGGCGUCUCGCCAAGGCGCACGUCGCGGCCCACGACUCCGGCUACCACCAGCUCGUCUCCCACUGGCUUCGGACUCACUGCUGCGUGGAGCCGUACAUCAUCGCCGCCAACCGGCAGCUGAGCCAGAUGCAUCCGAUCUACCGCCUGAUGCACCCCUACUUCCGCUACACCAUGGAGAUCAACGCCCUCGCCCGCUUGUCCCUCAUCAACUGCGACGGCAUUAUCGAGAAGACCUUCUCGCCAGGGAAGUACUCCCUCGCACUCUCCUCCGCCGCCUACGACAAGCUGUGGCGCUUCGACAUGGAAGCUUUGCCCGCCGACCUCAUCAGAAGGGGGAUGGCGGUGGAAGAUCCAGAGGCAGAGCACGGCCUCCGGCUCACCAUCGAUGACUACCCCUACGCCCAGGACGGCCUCCUGAUCUGGUCCGCCAUCGAGCAGUGGGUGGCCGAUUAUGUUGACCACUACUACCCCUCGCCGGCCGAUGUCGGCGCGGACUCAGAGCUCCAAUCAUGGUGGACGGAGGUGCGCACCAAGGGCCACGGCGAUAAGCAGCACGAGCCGUGGUGGCCGUCGCUGAAGACGCCGGCGGACCUCGUCCGUAUACUCACCACCAUCAUCUGGGUGGCCUCCGGCCAUCACGCCGCCGUCAACUUCGGGCAGUACCAUUUCGCCGGGUACUUCCCCAACCGCCCCUCCGUCACGCGCGCCAACAUGCCGGUGGAGGACGCCACGGAGGACGACCUGGCGGCGUUCCGGGCGAAGCCGGAGGCGGCUUUGCUGCGAUGCUUCCCGUCAAAGAUCCAAGCGGCGCAGGUGAUGGCGAUCCUGGACGUGCUGUCGGCGCACGCGCCGGACGAGGAGUACUUGGGAAAGGAUGCGGAGGCUUCGUGGACGAAGAACCCGGUGGUGUAUGCGGCCUUCGAGCGCUUCAACGGCAGGCUGAGGGAGAUCGAGGGUAUCAUCGACGCAAGGAACGUCGACCCCAGUCUAAAGAAUCGGUGUGGUGCCGGAAUCGUGCCAUACCAGCUCCUGAAGCCGUACUCUGGGCCGGGAGUCACCGGAAUGGGCGUGCCCAAUAGCAUCUCCAUUUGAAGCAUCGCCCUUCGUUUUCCCGUCGAUGGUUUGAGCUUCCAAUAAAUGAAGAACGUAGAAUCCCGUUUCCAAUAUGUAAACUAUAAUGGUCGCCGCCGCCGACAAAUAUUUUCAUAAAAAAUGGUGAUUUCCCAAACCGCUUAAUGGAUCAUGCGAUUUACUCAAA